AUGUCACCUUCCUCCACGGCUGCGAACAGCGGCGAGGACCGAUCGCGUGGACCUCCUCGUUGUGUUCCCGCUCCCGAUGUGGGACCACGACAACUGUUUGCCAUUGAUAUCACGUUGUGGAACCAGACCGGGCUAAAACUUGAGGCUUCAAUCAUGCUGUCGUUCUCACUCCUCAAGGCGACCGUCUGUCUCAUUUGGCCGUCCUCGGGAUGGACAACAUGUGGACAGAAACCAGCCAGCGCGUUUCCGUCGCUCCUCGAUGCUACACUCGACGACCUCAAUCGCGGUCUGAGCAGUGGAAUUUUCACCAGCGUCGACCUCGUUAAUGCUUACAUCGAGCGCAUUAAAGAGACCACGCCAACCCUCAACGCCGUCACCGAGAUCAAUCCGGAUGCCGUCUCCAUCGCCGAAACUCUGGACCUCAUCCGCCGCCAGGGCAGACCGCUUCUCGGCCCCUUACACGGCGUCCCCGUCCUGAUCAAAGACAAUAUUGCCACGGCAGACAAGAUGAAUAACACGGCCGGCUCUUAUGCCCUCCUCGGCGCUAAAGUCUCCGAAGAUAGCACCGUCGCCGCCAAGCUCCGGAAAGCGGGGGCGAUAUUGCUCGGCAAAGCACACCUGUCGCAGUGGGCCGAAUGCCGGAGCUCCAAUUCGAGCAAUGGGUGGUCAACGUAUGGCGGUCAGACCCUGGGCGCAUAUUACCCCUUUCAAGACCCAUCGGGUUCGUCGGGGGGCAGCGGCGUCGCGUCUUCGGUCGGUCUCGCGUGGGCGUCCCUGGGGACUGAGACAGCCGGCUCGAUUUUGUUGCCCAGUGACGUCAACAACGUUGUGGGCAUCAAGCCGACUCUUGGCCUCACCUCACGGUACCUCGUUGUGCCCAUCUCGGAGCACCAAGAUGUUGUUGGACCUAUCGCUCGGACCGUGAAAGAUGCUGCUCAUCUCCUGGGAGCCAUCGCCGGGGUGGACCCUAGCGAUAACUACACGUCUAAAUUUCCUUUCCCGAAGACACCAGACUACGCCGCGGCAUGCGUUAAGGGGGGGCUGCUGGGCAAGAGAUUGGGAAUUCCACGACAUGUGCUACACGACCCUCAAGAAGCCCCUCUUUCUAACUACUCGGUGACGGUAUUCGACUCGGCCGUCGACAUUCUCCGGUCUGCAGGUGCGGAAAUCAUAGACGACAUUGUUUUGCCAGGAUACAACAUGACCGAAAUCUCCGCGCUCCUCACCAAGAGCCUUCACGCAGAUUUCGCCGUUGCCAUAGAAAAGUACUUUGGGCAAUUGGCGGCCAACCCGUACAACAUCACCACGCUUCGUGAGCUCCGGGACUGGACCCAGCAUGACUCUCGCGAGCAAUGGCCUGAGAAGAACACACUCUCAUGGGACAACAACCUAGCAGAAGGUCUGCGGAACACAGAUUCGGAAUUUUGGGAUGUGCACCUCCGGCUUCUGUACCUGACUGGUCCCCAAGGAUACACAGGAGCUCUCAAGAACCAUUCUCUGGACGCGAUAGUACUGCCGACGGCGUUUGCCGUGAUGAAUGCUGCCAUAUCCGGUACACCGGUGAUAUCGGUACCGUUUGGAAGGCAUCCGGACGAUACCGAAAUUAUCAAAGACAAGACUGGAACGCUCAAUGCCGUGGCACCGAACUUACCCUUUGGCAUUGGUUUUGCGGGGGCUCCGUUCAGUGAGGAAACACUGAUUAGCAUCGCGUACGACUUUGAGCAGAAGGUCCAGGCCCGGGAGGUCAUCAAGCCCUAUAUAAAACCCAAGAGCGACCUAGAAGACAUAACAGUUUCGCACUCAACGAUGACGCCAAGUUACGUCCUUAGGUUGAUUGUCUUAUCAGUGUCUGGAAACCUAGUCCCCCUCACUGUUAUCAAGGGCGCCGGCCACGAGUAUAUCCCCCUCCCGGAGGGCGAGAACGCGACUGUUGCCGAUUUCCACUCAAUCCGAACAAACACGAAGGACUCACCUGCUCACUUCACCUCGGGUUUCUACAAGAUUGUCGCAGGACCCGCUCGUCCCGCGCACUACAACUUUGAGGAGACUAAGUACGUCCUCAACGGUCAAAUCGACAUCUUGGAUGAGGCUACUGGGAUCACCCACCAUCUAGUACCUGGAGAUUUUGCUUUCUUCCACGUCGGAUCCAAGGUCAAGUUCUCUACCAAGUCAGAAGGCCUUGCUUUCUACGCCGUUACCCGGCCCGUCAGAGUUCCCCACCCAAACCUGAAGGGUCGUGAGGAGGACGCAAAGUCUAAGUUAUAA